CUCCCCCUGCCCUCCUCUCCUCUCCCCUUCCGCCUUGCCACGCCCUUCCCCAAAUCAAUCGCGCCCUUCCACGCCUCUCCAGAACCUUCCCCACCGAUCACCCGCCGCCCGCCGCCGCCCCGCCGCCGAAGGGGAUGCCGCGGGCGGUAGCGCCCUGCCCCGCGCUCUAAAACCCUAGCUGGCCCCAUCCAGCCGCCGCCGCCAUGACCACCCCCCACCUAGGUCUCGGUCUCGCGCCGCCGCCGCCGCCAUCCGCUGACCCUUCCGCCGCGCCGCCGUCCCGCCGAGCCCCUCGGCUGGCCAAGCGCCGACACGCGGCCACCACCUCCCGCUCUCGCGCGCAACCGUCGACCUCGACCUCGGCGCCGUGGAAUCCAUUUCUCGGCGGCGGUACGGAUGCGUUGGGGCAGGACGGAACUGGCGGGUCGGGGAGUGUGGGUGGUGGCGGUGGUCACGAAUUCGGGAAGGGCCAGAAGGCGGGCAAUGUGUUUGGGCCUGCUCCAGCGGCGAGACAGCAGCAGCCGCCGGCGUCAUCCAAUGAAGCUCCCUUCGUGUUUGGGAGCGUGAGGGACAGCCUGCCACGGUUCGAUGUAGGCUCAUCAGCUGCUUCGAAGCUGGACCGUAAGAUGGGGAAGCUGAACCUGCAGAGUCCAGGUAAAUGCAGCGUUGGUGCUGGUAAGGGGGUGGAUCAAAACCAGAAGAGCUUUGUUUUUGGUGCUACUAUACCCAUUUCCGCUUCCAACAGGGAUGCGAAUGUGCUCCCGGAAAAGCUGACACAGUUGAAUAUAGGAACCCAAGUGCCAUUACAGAACGAGGGUGCUAAUGUUGGGCCCAAAACUUUUGUGUUUGGAAGCAAUGGGGCUGGGAGUUUUGCUGAUAGUAGGAGCACUGCUUCCUCUUGUGCCGAUUCAUGUGCUUCCAGUUCAGUUCAGGUUACUCAGGCAAAUGGUACACCAGAAAGUGGUCAUGCAGAAAGCACUAUUGAUGUUGCUGGAGACUAUGGUGCUGAUGAUGCAAGUGUGCUUCAGGAGAAGAUAACACAGUUGAAUAUAGGAAGUGGCACAUUUAAGUACAUGAAAGAUGGAGGUAGCGGUAGUCAUCAAACUGAAGUGUUUCGCUUUGGGGAUGGCCAAACUGCAGGUACUAUAUUUAGCAAUGAUUCAAGCAAUACUUCAGACAAGGGCAGUAUAUUUUUCUCCUUUGGGAAUAGCAAUGCUUCUACCUCUGCUAAUGGUGCUGCCAAUUUACCUCCAGAGAGGGCAUCAAAUUUGAAUGUAGGAGGUGGAGUUACGAAGAGCAUGAAAAGUGAUGAUACAAAUUGUUCACCAGAGGCUUUUGUAUUUGGAAGAAAUGGAAACACAUACUCUGCUUCAGAGCAGUCAAUGAGGGUUGUCAUGGAUAAUGGUGAUAAUAGUGGCAGUGGUGCAAGUACAAGCACUUGUACUUCAGCUCAUGGUACUAUGGGGAGCACACUUCCGGAGAAGAUGACAAAGUUAAAUAUAGAGCAGGUAGUCCCAUCUCAGAGCAUGAAAGAUGAAGCUGCUGCACGGCAACCAGAACCAUUUGUUUUUGGAAGUAAUGCAACUUCAAGUUUUUCUUCUUUGAAGACCACAUCAUUCACAAGCUUUCAAACUAAUGUAUCCUCUGAGUCAAAGGGCAGUAGAGGGAACUUGGCUAAUGGUGGCAGUGGCAGCAGUGUAAAUGCUCUAUCUGAAGGGGCUGCAGAACAUGCACUGCAAGAUGAUAUCAAGAAAUUAAACAUCAACGAGGAAGGACCGUCAGAUGGAAAUGUCAAGGCAAAUGAUGCUUGUACUCCUAAAUUUUCCUUUCAGAGCAAAGCAGAAGCUGUACUAGGAUAUCAUACCUUUCCUCAGCCCAAAGUUCAGGAGUCAUGCCCGUUUACUCCGUUGAAUAGUUUCUCUACUUCUGCAAAUGCGAUGCCCUCUUUUAGUUCCAACCCUCCGAAUGGAGGAAGAGGAAGUGCUGGUGAAUCUUGUGCGGUCAAACAAGAUCCUGCUAGUUGCUCCAGAGAGAGCUUAUUUGGUAUAGACUAUAUAAAAUCAGCGUAUAGAGACAAAAAGGAAGCACAGAAAAGCACAAGGAAAAAGAAAAGACCAACUAGGCUAAAACAACAUGGUCAACUCCAUCAAGUUUCUCAAGAAGCAUGCGCCAAUGGACUAGCUUCAGAUUUAACAGGUGACUAUUCUCCAAUGGAUUGUUCUCCUUAUCAGGCAUCAGUUGAACAAGUGCCAAGAGAGCCAUUCGUGAGUUGUGAUCAGUCCACUGACAUUGGUGAUAGUAAUGUCCCAAAUCAGAACACCAGUUGUGCUGAAGAUGAUCUAGUUUCUGCAACUGAGCACUUGGUUAUUGAUGCUGAUCUUCCAACGUAUCAAGAUGAAGGCAGAGAUUCAAUCGCGGAUGCAUCUGAGAGUAAUUUUGGUAGCAACUUUUCUAGUUUCGAUGGAGAGAUAAAUUUCUGUAAUGCACCGCAGCCCAUUUUCACUAAUAUGAAUGUUGGUGCAAACGGUGAACCUAAAAUGUACACAACAGAAGCUUGGGUUGAUGGUUCUGGAUGUAAUGUUAGUGGGCCAAUUUGCGAAGAGAACACCUCUAGAACACCACACGAGUCUGGUGAACCUGUUAAUAUUCAAUCAAGCUCGGUAAAUUUGAGUGGGCUGAACUUCACCUUUGGUGCAUCACUGUACCCUGAAAGUUCCUUACCGACACAAAGACAUACUACAAAAAGAAAGUUAAGGACUAAGGUUGGUCAGGCGCCUAAGCCUUCAGCUACCCAGGCUUCUGUACAACCAAAAGGCUCACAAGACACAAAGAGCAUGCAGUUUUCCCCAGAAACAAGCACAACAGAAAAUUCAGUGAGAGAGCAGUUGAGGAGAGAUGCAUCAAUUUCUGCAGAUUUGGAGACUUGUGAGACCUGGCGUACAAGUGGGAAUCAAGCCUAUGCAAAUGGUCACUUUGCUACUGCAGAGGGGUGUUAUACCCGUGGAAUAAAUUCGAUUUCCCAGUAUGGAACUUCUGGACGCUGUUCCCAUGCAUUGAUGCUGUGCUAUAGCAACCGUGCAGCUACUAAAAUGUCUCUGGGGAGAAUGAGAGAAGGUCUUCAAGAUUGUUUGAUGGCGACAUCUAUUGAUCCCACCUUUCUUAAGGCUAAAGUUCGUGCAGCAAAUUGUCAACUUGCGCUUGGGGAUCUUGAAGGUGCAUCAAACAAUUACACAGCCUGUUUGAAAUCUAGUAACACUGCUGAUUUUGACACCAAAAUGUUUGCUGAGGCUUCUAAUGGUCUGGAAAGAGUCAAGAGAGUGGCAGACUGUAUAUCCCAGGCCAGGGAGCUUCUUAAGAAAAGAACAUUGCCUGAAGCAAAAACAGCUUUGGAACUUAUCUCCAGUGCAUUGCACAUAAGUUCACACUCGGAUAACCUAAUGGAGAUGAAAGCAGAGGCACUCCUGACGCUACGAAGAUAUGAAGAAGUGAUUGAACUCUGUCAAGAAACAGCAGAUUUAGCUGAAAGAAAUUCUGUUUCAAUUAAUGCCAAUGAAGAGCCAAAUAUUUCCAGUGUAUCUGAAAAGGCAGAAUGCUCUGUAACACUUUGGCGACCAUUCCUUAUUUGCAAGUCCUACUUCCUUCUAGGCAAGCUUGAAGAGUCUCUUGACUUGUUAAAGAGGCAUGAGCUAGUGACACCUGCCGAAGAGAGUGACGGGAGCACUACAAAUUGUUUCUCAUCAUUGGCUACAAGUAUAAGGAAACUUCUUUCCUUCAAGGCUGCGGGAAAUGAAUCAUUUCAAGCUCGGCGAUAUUCAGAAGCUGUGGAACAGUAUUCAGCGGCUUUGGUGUACAAUAGUGAUUCACGGCCCUUUUCAGCUGUCUGCUUUUGCAACCGUGCAGCUGCACAUCAAGCACUUGGUCAACUUACUGAUGCAAUUGCAGAUUGUUCACUAGCCAUGGUUCUCGAUGCAAAUUAUCCCAAGGCAAUUUCCAGGCGAGCCACCUUAUAUGAGAUGAUAAGGGAUCAUGGGCAAUCUGCUAAUGAUUUACGGAAGCUAAUCUCACUUCUUCAAAAGCAAGGCAAUAAGCCUGGAGUGUCACCAAAAGUUUUCAACAAGCAUAGUGACCUGAAGCAGGCGCGUGCCCGACUUGUAUCUGCGGAGGAUGAAGCAAGAAAAGAUACUCCCUUGAAUUUUUAUUUAAUCUUGGGAGUCGAACCUUCCUGUUCUCCAGCAGAUAUUAAGAAGGCCUACCGAAAAGCUGCAUUGAGACACCACCCGGAUAAGGCCACUCAACUGCUUGUAAGAAAUGAGAAUGCUGAUGAUGGGUUUUGGAGGGAUGUCGUGAAGGAGGUUUAUGCAGAUGCCGAUCAUCUGUUCAAAAUGAUUGGAGAGGCAUAUAAUAUUCUUUCAGAUCCUGACAAGCGUGAAGAAUAUGAUAUUGAAGAGAAUCUAAGAAAUGCUAGUAGGAGAGCUUAUAAGGGGAGGAGUACACCAAGGUCGCCCGAACAGCACUACAGAAGACAUUAUGAAGGGGGUUUUAACCCUCGGCAUUGGCAAUCUGCAGGGCAAUCAAACAAAGGCGCACCACGCUCACGCUGGGCUGGAUAUGAAUAUUCGGAUGACUACUGGUAAAUUUGUUGGUAGAUGCCCAUGGUUGCGUGUUAACGCGGAAAGCAUCUUUUGCAUCGGCUGCAAAUGAGCAUGAGCGACCUCCUUGCACCAAGGUGUGUGGCAUUUGUCAUCCUGGAGUUGUUAGGGUGCCACUGCUUAACUUGCCGUCCUCCAUCCUCGGCGCCCAGAGAUGCAUUGCAGCUUAGAUGUCUGCCAUUGCAGCCUAGAUGUCUGCUCUUGCAGUUCUUUGGAAGAGUAUGGAAAUUUAAGGUCUGGAUGGUCUACAGGAUUGUUUGGUGGUUGAAUAUCUUAAACGCCACCGUUCAAGGUGACAUCAGAGGGAGAGAGUUUUUCACUUUCCCUUUACAGAACAACAUUAUUUGUUCAUGGUUGUGCACAGGGAUGCAUUAGUUAUUUCUGGUGGGCUGGUAUCAGGGGUUUUGUUACAUUUACGAUUACUUCAUGUAAUGUGCCCUACUUGACGGUGGGAAACAAUGUUGUAUCGUAGUCAAAUCUCUUUAAGUUACCAGUUGAUUGUUCUGUAGAAGUAUAGUAUUGUUCACGUGUUUUGGUUUCUUUUUGGUAAAGGUGUCGAAUUUACCCAUGCUGGCAUAUUUUAAUUUCUGUAACGAUACUAAGUGAACAGCGUGAAAUUUUGACAGUACCAAUGUGGCCCGGAA